AUGGUGGUACUUGAUGUGGUUCAACCCACAGAGCAGCGACUGGGAGGGGAGGGAGGGGAUAGGGGGAUCGGAGAGCAUGGAUGCGGUUGGUUGGGCGGAUGGAACAGGGGUGCCUGCCUCCCCAGCAUCGCCAUGGUGGUACUUAAUGUGGUUCAACCCGCAGAGCAGCGACUGGGAGGGGGAGGAGGGGAUACGGGUCCCACCCACCUGCAGUCCCACCCACCUGCAGCACCCCCCACAUGCAGUCCCACCCACCUGCAGUCCCACCCACCUGCAGGUCCCCCCACCUGUGGCGCGAUAUGGUUGUUCAUCAAAUGCUCUCCGUCUGCCUCCCUUGCUGCCUCUACCAGAGCCAUGAACUCUCCGAAUGACAACCUUCCAUCUGCUAGCAGCCACAGCAGCAUGCGGAGAGAGAGUGCAGGGGCGGAGGGAUGGGAGGAGGAGGAGGAGGAGGAGGAGGAGGAGGAGGAGGAGGAGGAGGAGGAGGAGGAGGAUGAGGAGGAGGAGGAGGAGGAGGAAGGAGAGAGGGAGGGGAGGUGCGCAGAGAGUAGGCCCCUCCAGCCUAGUGGGCGGUGGGUGGUGUUGCUGGUCCAGAAGAGAUGCUGGAAGAAAACCUGA